GCACAUGACAGUCAGCUGACUGUACCCGGAAGUAAAGCAGAAGCAGACAAAUAACAACAAUUCUUAGUACUGCUAACUUGAAUUUCUCCGUUUCUAAAUUGUUAAAAAUGGAGGCGACCCUCGAACAGCAUCUCGAUGAUACAAUGAAGAAUCCAGCAGUAGUCGGAGUGCUGUGCACGGAUCAACAAGGACACAACCUGGGCUGCCGUGGCUCGUUAUCUGAUGAACAUGGCGGCGUUGUGUCCGUUCUGGCCAAACAGGCCGCUGCUCUCACCGGAGAUCCAACAGACACUCCGACUGUGUGUCUGGAGUCUGAGUUAGGGAACAUUCUGGUGAGGAGUCACGGGACCAUCACAGUAGCGGUCCACAAGAUCGCUUCUUGAAGGCGGCAGGGCUCGCCGAGGAGUUUUAUUGUAAAGAAAUGUACAUGUAGACCCACAAGUAAAGUCGCACAAUCCAAAAGAAUCUGAGAAAGUUUCCACAAUGAUGAGCUUUUUUUUUCUUUAUGUCAAGUUUUUUUUUUAUUUAAAAAAAGUUUUUUUUAAGGUUUUUUUUUUUUGCGUGCGAUUCCUUUGUUUUACUAAAUAAGUGCUACACACCCACAAUCUGUAAGUAAUGCUGUUACAUUGAUGUUAUGCACAGAAGAGGUGUCCUGUCAUAUGUGGCCGUGUUAAUACUCUUUUUUUUUUCCAAGGCAGUCAUGCACAGAAUAACAGUCUAUAAUAAAGUUUAACUUGACUUCGUGCUGA